AUGCUUCACCUGUCAGCUACAACUAAAAAGCUCCAAGGACAAUGUCUGAGAAUCGUCUCCCGUGUGACUCCUGUUAAGCUUCACUGCUGUUAUGUAGUGAUCAUCAUCCUCACUGUGGCUGUAAUUGCACUUUCUGUUGCUUUGUCUGUGGAAAAGAAAGGACUUAUCUGUGAGAUCUGCCCAAGAAACUGGAUUUUAUUUGGAAAGAAAUAUUAUUAUUUUUCUGAAAACAUAAGAAACUGGACAUGCAGCCAGAUCUCCCACGUGGAAUUAAAGGCCAAACUCACUCAACAUGAAGCCCAGAGGGAAUGGUAG